AUGGCUCCACCUUCCAUCUACGGAGAACCAAAGAUUCGACCUGCAGAUAAUGGUUCAGUAUUUCUUGAGGUUGUUGUUACUGGAGCCGAUACUGCCAAAACAAAAUGGAUGCUAGCCGGGAAACAACUGGAACAAGGCGAUAAAUAUCAAUUCAGCCAUACGGAUGAGGGAGGAAACAGAAAAAAAUUGAUGUGUGAAAUUAAGAAUUUCGAUAAGGAACUUGCUGGAGAGUACAUGGCAACAUUUUACUCAAACGAUGGUGAAAACUCUGCAAAAUUCACUGUUACUGCAGGAAAUGCACCUACUUUCCAUGAUAAACCGCAUAUUGUUCAACGAGACAAUGGCAACAUAAUAGUAAUCAAAGUUCGAGCAAAAUCAGAGUUGGAAAUGAAAGCCGAGUGGUUCAAGGACGACAAGCCUGUAAAGUACUCGGAUCGAAUAAAAUGCGUCACUAAGAAGGACGAUAAGGAAAAGGAUGGGUACCAAUUCUUAUUGGAAAUCCAUGGACCACAAAAAGAAGACCAGGCUAAGUACAAAUGUGUUGUGAAGAACGCCGAAGGACAGAACCAGCAGUCACUCAACCUUGUCUUUGACUGA